GAGAUUUCUGUUGCCUGAAUAUUUACCCUAUGCUGGCAUUUUCCAUGAACGUGGUCAGCCUGGGCUCGCUACACACUCCUCUGUCAACCGGGUCCUGGCAGGUGCUGUGAUUGGUGACGGACAGUCAGCGGUGGCUAGUAAUAUCGCAAACACAACCUACAGGCUGCAGUGGUGGGACUUCACCAAAUAUGACCUGCCGGAGAUCAGCAAUGCCUCCGCUAAUGUUCUAGUUCAGAACUGCAAAAUCUACAAUGAUGCCAGUUGUGACAUCUCAGCUGACGGGCAGCUCCUUGCAGCGUUUAUUCCCAGCAGUCAGCGUGGCUUCCCUGAUGAGGGCAUCUUGGCCGUGUAUUCUCUGGCCCCCCACAACCUUGGAGAGGCCCUCUUCACCAAGCGCUUUGGUCCCAACGCUAUCUCUGUGAGCCUCUCUCCAAUGGGUCGGUACGUCAUGGUAGGCCUAGCCUCCCGCAGGAUUUUGCUACAUCCUUCCACAGAGCACAUGGUAGCUCAGGUCUUCCGUCUCCAAAAACCUCACGGAGGAGAAACAUCUAUGCGGCGUGUGUUUAACGUCCUGUAUCCAAUGCCUGCCGACCAGAGGAGACACGUUAGCAUCAACUCUGCACGCUGGCUUCCUGAGCCAGGCCUUGGAUUGGCAUAUGGUACCAAUAAGGGGGAUCUGGUGAUCUGUCGGCCCGAGGCAUGUGAUAAUGUAUGUGACCAGUUCUGGGAGCAAAUGAACGAGGCUAUUCUUCAGCAUAACACUGCCCGGAGCAGCGAGAGGCCAGG